GUCAUGCAUAGGAUGGGAGGAUACAGAGUGGUGGUCGGUCCAUAACAACCCCUGUCACGGAGGCUGAAAGCUACCGCAUAAAAACGUGUGCAUUUAUCGGAUAUGUGUUGUUGCUAAGGUCGUGGAUGUGUGUCUUUAAAUUGAAUUGUCUCCUUGCAAUGGAAAGUGUAAUUUGAGAGAGACACCGCAGAAAUACAGCCCGAACGAACGGUAAAAUGCUCUGAGCACGUCAUCCACACUGGGAGAAUACCGUGCCGCAGUGAGCAAACAAUCUGAUCGCUUCUAAUUCCGCUCCCGGACACCGCUGAACAGAACUUCUCCCCAGCGGAGGCGAAUAGUUAACGGAGUGAUGCGAUGGGGACGAUGCCGUCCCUGACUUCAUUCUGCUUUUAAACCAAGAAAAAAACUGUAAUGAAUACUCAAUAACCAGCUACGGGAUCCGAUAGCCUAAGAUUAUAGCGGUCACAGCUGCGCACCUGACACUUACAUGGUUAUUUUGAGGGAUUAGAGAGAGACGGAACUAUCCUGGCACGACAACUAUCCGUGAGUGUUUAUUGUAGCAUUUCUACCUACCACGAGUUCUGCUUCUAAACUGUAACCAAUUUGAUCAGUUAAGAAAGCAAUGUUGCAAUAAACUGCAUAAAAUAGGAAUGAAUUACAUUGUAAUUUAUUAAUGCAACAUUUCAAUUGGCUGGCUGGCUGGAUUUGUGAUAAGCUGAGCCGCAUUAAAUCAAGCAGUGGCACCAUUGCACCUGUUAUAAGAGUUUGUCAAUUGGUAUUUUAUAAAUAUGCCAGAUAUCUCAAGUGAGAUUAUUAUUUUAGGGAUAGUAUAGCUUCGUAUCUGCGUCAGUGCAGGCGAACGUUGAAGGUAUGCACUCCCUCGCCGCUGGGGAAGGACAAUAAUAGUAAUCGCCUCUGAAUGUCACCGGUAAGUGUCUAAACAUUUCCCGGGGAUGGAUUCCGGGGACGACUCGGGCUCGGACCCGCCACUUGGAUCCACAUUCUCCUCGGUGCCCAAUUUAGACUCUGACAUCAAUGACAAUAGGCUUAUCUAUGAGAACGGUGGACAGCGGAAUGUCAACAUAGAAACGGCAGUGCUGCGUGGGGCAAGCGACCAGAGCGCGUUUCCCUUAUCGGACUACCGGGGACUCGUCCGCCAGAGGUUCAUUCGCAGAAGUUUGUGGUUUUCGGACGCGGACGACCAAGCGUUGGACGCGCCAGAAUGCGGUAACAGCACUCCAGUGCUCAGCGUCCACCUGCGCACCAUCGUGGACCGAACCCGAACCCUCGCGAUUGGACCACGCGUGGCUUUCCAAGUCCAGGAGAGCUCGAGCACCGAGAGCCAAGUGGGGCAGAAGGACAGCGCAACUGAAAGCGUGAGCGCGGAUGAGGAGAAGGUGAGGAGCGUGGCCGAGCCCAAACCAGAUGAUGCAGCUGAACCGUCGCCUGAUACCACUGGGAAAGCUGGGAGUGAUGAAAACGAGGAUGAGAACGAGAUGAAAGCCGUGUCCACCUCACCCGGGGGCCGGUUUCUCAAGUUCGAUACUGAGCUCGGGAGAGGGUCUUUCAAGACUGUUUACAAAGGUCUGGACACAGACACCUGGUUAGAAGUCGCUUGGUGUGAACUUCAGGACCGUAAACUGACUAAAGCGGAGCGUCAGAGGUUUAAGGAGGAGGCAGAGAUGUUGAAGGGUCUCCAGCACCCCAACAUUGUGCGUUUCUAUGACUUCUGGGAGUCACCGGUCAAAGGGAGAAAGUGCAUCGUUCUUGUGACAGAGCUCAUGACCUCAGGGACACUAAAAACGUAUCUCAAGCGUUUCAAGGUGAUGAAGCCCAAGGUUCUGAGGAGCUGGUGUCGACAGAUCCUAAAGGGCCUCCACUUCCUCCACACCAGGACCCCUCCCAUCAUCCACAGGGACCUGAAGUGUGACAACAUUUUCAUCACCGGCCCCACCGGUUCCGUCAAGAUAGGAGACCUGGGAUUAGCUACGCUGAAGAGGACCUCCUUCGCCAAGAGUGUCAUCGGCACCCCAGAGUUCAUGGCCCCUGAGAUGUAUGAGGAGCACUAUGAUGAGGCGGUGGACGUCUAUGCCUUGGGGAUGUGUAUGUUGGAGAUGGCCACCUCAGAAUACCCCUACUCCGAGUGCCAGAACGCUGCUCAGAUCUACCGCAAAGUCACCGGCGGGGUGAAGCCUGCCAGUUAUGAUAAGAUCAGUGACCCAGAGAUUAAGGAGAUCAUCGGGGAGUGUAUCUGCCAUCGGAGGGAAGAGAGGUACACCAUAAAGGACCUCUUGAACCAUGCCUUCUUUGCGGAGGACACAGGCGUAAGGGUGGAGCUGGCCGAGGAGGAUGAUGGGAAAAAGAAUUCCAUUGCCCUCAAGGUGUGGGUGGAGGACCCUAAGAAGCUGAAGGGGAAGUACAAGGACAGCGGGGUCAUCGAGUUCACCUUUGACCUGGAGAAAGAGACCCCAGAGGGUGUGGCCCAGGAGAUGGUGGAGUCGGGCUUCUUCCUGGACAGCGAUGUGAAGAUAGUAGGAAAGUCCAUCAAGGACCGAGUGGCUCUCAUCAAAUGGAGGAGGGAUCGGACCGUCCCUGCAGUCGACACCCAGACCCAGAACCUGCUACAGUGGCCCAGCAUGGGGUUACCACCACAGGGGGCGCCACUGGCCCCAGCAGAGUCUGAGGAGGAAGAGGGUGACCAGCCCCUUACCCUGCUCUGCAGCCUGCCGGCCCCAUACAGUCAGCACAGUGCCCCCUACCAGUCCCUCCCAGAGCCCAUAUCUACACCCCAGGUCUACAGCCCACCUGUGCAGUCCCAGGCCCAGCUGCACCAGGCAGCCUACCAGCAGCCCACUGCACAGCCUCCGCAGGUGGCCUACUCCCAUGCUAGUACCACACAGUUUCAUCAGGGGGCCUACCAGUCUCCACCUCACUACUUCAGUGAGCCCUCUGCAUCUCAGAAUCCUCUUCUCUCCCCUGAGAGGGCAGAAUAUUGGUUUGCUGGUUGUGGGACCAAUGAGAGGACAGUGAGUUGUGGUGGGAGCAAUCAGUGCACUAGGCGUGGAAGCACCUCCUUGAUUGACAUGUGCAGGACCCACUCUCUCCCUAAGCCACUGAGUCGUUCUCACUGCCACCUCUGUCCCAAACGAGAAAAUACCCUACGUGGGAGCCGAGAAGGGGACGAAAUUUCAGAGGAGUGCGCAGCAGCCUCCCUCCCCCCUCCCCCUCAGGAUCCUGUCCUGUCCACUCCACUGUCCCAGCAUCAUCAGUGUUCCUACCAUGACUCAAUCAGUCAAUCAGUCAAUCACCCACAUCCUGCCAUCCUGGUUACAAAGCCCAUACAAUGCCCCUCUGACCUGCCCCUGCCCCACUCCCACUCCCACUCCCACUCCCACUCCUGCAGAGCCUGUGCGAGCUUUGACCUUCUACUGAGGACCAGGAUGGAGACCGGGGAGUCUCUAGGCUACCCCCAAAUGCCCCCCCUCCCUCCCUCUCCCCAGUGCUCACCAGACCACACCCCCCCAUCAAUCUCCCCCCACCUCCUCUCACUGCUCAAUAUCCCUCCAAUCACCUCCUCCCUGUCUGCUCCUCCAUCUCCCUUCUGGACCACACCCUCACAUCUUGCCCCACCUCCUUACCUAUUGGUCCGCUCCUCUAGUGGAGGUCUGUCCAUGCUCAACCACUGUCUAAGACACAUCGUCAGUCGCAGGAGCAGCUCCCCAACACCAAUAGACACCCUGUACUGGCCCAACCAAAGCUAUGGAAAGGCUGGGCUUCGCAGGACCAGCUCCCCUAUACCACCAGACACCGGGGCCUACUGGCCUGGCCAAAGCUAUGGAAAGGCUGGGCUUCGCAGGACCAGCUCCCCUAUACCACCAGACACCAGGGCCUACUGGCCUGGCCAAAGCCAGCCCACCUCUCCUGUGCCUGAGCAUUCUAAUCAAGACCAGGGCUUGGGCUUGGGCCUGAGUUUGGAAAAGGCCCUGCUUCUAUCGCCACAUGACAGCGAAGGCAGACCAGGUGGUCCAGGUGGCACAAUGCCCAGUACAGGAUUGACCCAGCCCCAGGAUCAGCAUAUCUCUGCUUCAGCCACACCAGGGCCUACAGUACAUAAGAGCAGACCAGCUGCAACACAGAGCUUCCCAGCUGCUGCCCAUGUCCCCACUGGACAGGCACAGGCACAGCUUACUGCUUCUGUCCAGCCCAACCAGGAGUUGUCUACCAGUCAGCCUCUACCUGAGCAGUGCUCUGACAUCACCACCAGUCUUGUCCAAUCAGCUGCCUUCCUGGCCAGCAGUGCUCCUCCCCCUCUACAGCAGCCUGCCCAGGCCACACACCCUAUUGAGCCACUACAGAUCAAUACAGAGAUCCAGACUGGUGCCCCUCAGGACCCCCAGGAAGAGGCUCCGGUGUCACCACUGGCCCCGCUCCACCCCGUCCAGCCUGCCGUCCUGUCCCCUCCCCGGAGGGGGCAUAUGGUUGACCCCGACCCUGCUGCUGCAGCCGGGUCUGAUCAGACACUCCCUGAGUGUCCAGCCCCGGCCACACCCCUGGCUCCGUUCUCGGCUCUGGCUGCAGCCUUGCAGCAGGCUGGCACCCAGAAAGGUACCAGCCUGCCCACGACUCAGCAGAACCUGGAAACUGAGUCCAUAUCUACCGUUUCCCAACCCGAGGCCAGCCAAGAGGAGCCAGUGCAAGAGAAACCCAUGGCGUUUCACAGUUAUGCAGGCUAUGACAGCUUCAGCUCAGAUGUAGCGUCGGGUAAGGAGAUGAGUGAUGGUUACGAUGGCUCGGCCAGCAGCGGGAAGGGAGACGGGAAGUCCCGGAAACACCACCGCAAGUCGACCCGCACACGCUCACGCCAAGAGAAGACCAACAAGCCCAAACUGAGCAUGCUCAAUGUGAGCAACACGGGCGAUAAGAUGGUGGAGUGCCAGCUGGAGACCCACAACCACAAAAUGGUAACCUUCAAGUUUGACCUGGACGGAGAUGCUCCAGAAGAAAUCGCUAUUUACAUGGCAGAGAAUUUCUUCAUCCUACCCAUAGAGAAGGCGAUGUUCAUUGACCAGUUGAAGGACAUCGUGGACAAGGCUGAGGACAUGCUGAGCGAGGACAUGGAGGGAGAGACGGACUCCGCUUUGGGGGGCAGUCCCCAACUGGGACACACCUCUUGGGGGCCGGGGGGAGAGAGUCAGCAGCCUGGAGCACCCCAGCCUGUUUAUCAGCAGAAUGUGCUCCACACAGGGAAGCGAUGGUUCAUCAUCUGCCCAGUGGAGGAGACUCCCACCUCCAACCAGGAUGGGACUGCAACUACUCAACACGAUGGGACUACAACUAUUCAACACGAUGGGACUACAGCUACUCAACAUGAUGGGACUACAACUACUCAACAUGAUGGGACUACAACUACUCAACACGAUGGGACUACAACUACUCAACAUGAUGGGACUACAACUACUCAACACGAUGGGACUACAGCUACUCAACAUGAUGGGACUACAACUACUCAACACGAUGGGACUACAGCUACUCAACACGAUGGGACUACAGCUACUCAACAUGAUGGGACUACAACUACUCAACACGAUGGGACUACAGCUACUCAACAUGAUGGGACUACAACUACUCAACACGAUGGGACUACAACUACUCAACAUGAUGGGACUACAACUACUCAACAUGAUGGGACUACAACUACUCAACAUGAUGGGACUACAACUACUCAACACGAUGGGACUACAGCUACUCAACAUGAUGGGACUACAACUACUCAACAUGAUGGGACUACAACUACUCAACACGAUGGGACUACAACUACUCAACAUGAUGGGACUACAACUACUCAACACGAUGGGACUACAACUACUCAACACGAUGGGACUACAACUACUCAACACGAUGGGACUACAACUACUCAACAUGAUGGGACUACAACUACUCAACACGAUGGGACUACAACUACUCAACACGAUGGGACUACAACUACUCAACAUGAUGGGACUACAACUACUCAACACGAUGGGACUACAACUACUCAACACGAUGGGACUACAACUACUCAACAUGAUGGGACUUCUCAGCCUGAUGGAAGUGCUGUGCCAGUAUCAGCGUCCUCCUCCAUAGCUAACUCUGUGUCUGGGGGGAUUGGAGGAUUCAACUACGAGGGCUAUGGCCUCUGUAGCCCUCCCAUCCUGUCCUCCACAGACCCUCUCCUCCUGGCUAUGUCCCAUGUCUCAGUUCCCUCUGGCCCCCCAUCUGUCCAACCAGGCCAUCCUCCAGAGGGCCAGGCCCACAGCUCUAUCCUGCCCAGGCUGCAUCACACCCAGUCAGCCUUGGCUCUGCCAGUAGCCCCCUCUGGAGGUCUCCGUAGCUCCCUGCCUGGAGAGGAGCACCAGGGGGGAGGGCGUCUUCGUGCCAUCUCCCCCAUCCAUGCUGUCCAGAAGAUGGCGGAGAUGGCAUGUGCUGCCUCCAUGGUGGAGGAGGUGCCCUGCUGCCCACUGGCCAUGCCAAUGUUCCUGGAUGUGAGUGGUGGAGCCCAGGGGAAAUCAGCUCCUCUCACCCUUCUGCCCUCCCAGGACCCCUCUACCUCCUCAGCCAGAGAGUCCCUCCAACUUUCCUACCCCUCCGUUGCCCGCCCUGACCGCUCCCAGCCCCCUGUGGUGCUCCAGCAGCCCUUCUCCAUGGGUGGAGCAAAGGCCCCCUCACUGCCCCAGAGCCCUGCCCCCCACCAGCACACGGCAGGGGGGCCCAGUGAGUCAGAUGGGGAGGGGCGAGGGGUGGGGGGCCGAGGGGGCUUUGUGGACAGCACCAUCAAGACUCUGGACGAGAAGCUGAGGACCCUGCUGUACCAGGAGUACGCCCCCAUGUAUCCAUCAGGCAGUGCUGCGGAGACGCCAGGCUCGGGGACGGAGUACGUCCAAUCCCCUCCUGGUCCAGACAGCUCCACCUUGGGUUCAGGAAGCAACACUCCCCGACCUGUGGGGGAGGGGCGCUACCGGACAGGGGAACAACUGCCUCAGAUUCCAGAGAGGAUGGACAGUUUGAGCACGUUGAGUGAUUCUGCGGUGUGUGCUCCCAUGUCUAGGAGACAAAACGUACCACACUCUACCUCCUGCUCUGGCUCUGGAUCCAGAGGCCAGUUUAAGAUGAUCACAGGCUUUCCUGAUGUGGUGACGCAAGGAGAGCGGAAGCAGAGGAGUUGGAGCAGCGCUGCCUCCCCGGCGCACCCUGCUGGCCAUCUCUUAGACUACCGCAGCAGUGCCCAGACCGCCUCCACCAUUAUCGGACGUUUCUCAGUGGUCAGCACCGAGGACGAUGUCACCCUGAGGAGCUAUGACAGCCGCUACUCCGCCCCGCCAGACUUCUACCUUGAUACACCCCCCGCCAUGGCCAAACGGGGGUCGUUGACGCACGUCUCCACAUCCACCUCCGUGUCUGUUGAUGUUACAGUCCACGCUCACGCGCGCUUCCUGUCCUCGGACUCGGGGGCGGAGAGUAGUCCGGCCAAGCUGGCCCCGGCCACGCCCUCACGCCACGGUCGCUCAGGGGAGCGUAGAGGAAGUGACCUCAUGAAGAGAGCGGUGGCUUUCCUGCGCCGUUCAGGCCGUAGUAGUAGUGUGCAGAGCUCUGAUUCGCUGAGCCGGCAGGAGGGCGUGCAUGGCUUGGCCUAUGUGAGCAGUGAUAAUGACUCUGAGUUAGAGGACUCGGAUAUGAAGAGAGAGCUGACCAGACUCAGGGAGAAACAUUUAAAGGAGCUCUCGGAGCUGCAGGCGCACCACAGAGGGGAGAUAGAGCUGCUGUACCGCAGGCUGGGUAAAGCCACCUCACCCCCCCUGGGUCUCUCUCACUCAGUUCCCCCCAAGCGGAGGAGCAAGCACAAGCACAAACUGAAGGUUGAAAAACUCCUCAGUCCUCUGGUACAACAGCUUAGGCAUGUCACCACCAAAACCAGCGACUCUGGCAAAACCAGUGAGACUACAGUCAGUCUGAACAGGUCUCCAGCCAAAGCUCCAGUACAGUCGGACAGAAGAGCCCGUUCAGGUACCAGUCACUUGGAUACCUCCACCUCUGAACCUGUCCAGACCAAGCAGCCCUGCUCCCUCAAGGGUUCCCUCUCUUCAGACAACAUCUACGCUGGAGCUGGACUACACGGAGAGAGGACAGGACCACAAGCUUCACCAGGCCAAGGGUCAACUCUGAAACGACUCUGCCUUGGAAAAGAUCGUGGAAGGGGGACUGGAGCAGGCCCAGGUGCAUCCCCCCAGCCACCCCAACAACAGACAGCCAGCUCUACUCCUCCCCACCAGACAGUAGCAGGGCUGGCCCAAGCCCAGGCCAACAACAGCAACAACAAGACAGGCACCUACACCGGCACCUACAUGGGCUCCUACACAGAGUCCUUCACAGACUCCCUUCACAGGAUAGUGGAUGAUUGGACCAUGGAGGCCCUGGGUGUCGCCCGGCGCCCACGGACCAGCUCCCUCAACCUCAGAGGGCAACCACUUUGGAACGAGGACCCCGGGGGGCCCAGAACAAGAGGCAGACUGUUCAGCGCUCCAGAUGCACCUGCCAGGACAGCCCCUGGCUCUGAAGGCCCCCAGCUCCCCCUGUCAUGGCCGAUGAUUGACAAUCAGGCUCUGUGCUCAGUGAUGAAGACCAGCUCCCCGAGACAGGCAGAGUUCCAUCCUGGCUACAUGCUGGCCCAUUCAGGCCCAGACCUGUUUGGGGGGCUGCUGCUCUCGCCCCUCUCGCCCCUCUCGCCCCUCUCGCCCCUCUCGCCACUCUGUGUAAGCCUUUGGCCUGAGCUGCUGUCCCCGUUGGGUUCAGGGGUGUUUGCUUUACCUGCCGUGCCCCCAACCUGUGGCACCACCACCCCUGGUCCACCCUACGAACCACCAGACCCCAAACCCAGGAACCUUUAACCCCUGUAGGACCAUGUCUUCCAACUAUGUUUCCAAAAUGAGUUAUAUGUAGUUAGAGCUCUAGUCUUCCCUUACCACAAUGUAAACUAUUUCUAUUUAACCAGCAUAUAUGUAUAUAAUAAGUAUUUGAAUACACACUGAGUGUACAAAACAUUAAGAACACCUUCCUACUAUUGAGUUGCCCCCCACCUUAGAACAGCCUCAAAUCGUUGGGGCAUGGACUCUUACAAAGUGUCAAAACCGUUCCACAGGGAUGCUGACCCAUGUUGACACGGAUGCUGGCCCAUGUUGACACAGUUGUGUCAAGUUGGCUGGAUGUCCUUUGGGUGGUGGACCAUUCUUGAUAAACACGGAAAACUGUUGAGUGUGAAAAACCCAGCAGCGUUGCAGUUCUUGACAUAGACCGGUGCACCUGGCACAUACUACCAUAUCCCAUUCAAAGGCACUUAAAUAUUUUGUCUUGCCCAUUCACCCUCUGAAUGGCACACAUACACAAUUCAUGUCUCAAUUGUGUCAAGGCUUAACAAUAUUUUUUAACCUCUUCCUCUUCAUCUACACUGAUUGAAGAGGAUUUAACAAGUGACAUCAAUAAGGGAUCAUAACUUUCACCUGGAUUCCCCUGGUCAAUCUAUCUAUGUCAUGGAAAGAGCAUGGAACGUUCUUAAUGUAUUGUACACUCAGCGUAUGCUGUUAUCAAUGUGUGUGACAUUAUCAACCUCAAUUGACAUACCUCAAAUUUAUGUAUAAAUGGGACAUAUGGGACAUAUGUCUAUCUUAUCACCUGUGUGAAUGUGCUGUAGUGUAUAUAAAUAAGGUGUUUGUGCAUAAUCCAUUUGUUUGUUUGUGUAUAAAGCUUUUGUGUAUUUACAUGAUCUAUUUGUAUAUUAUUCAUUCAUACUGUAUGUCUUUGUACAUAAAUUGUUCACGUUUGUGUGUAAAUCACCCAUAUUGUGUACAGUAUGUGUAUGUAUAUACAGUAACCCCUGUGUGUUUUUGUGUGAGCGUGUGUACAUUAGGUGCUGCAGGGCUCUGUCCUAACUCAGCAGAGAGCCAUUCACCAUCUUGCCAUCACUGUGAAGCCUUGUCACUCUGGUUACCAGCCUGGUCACCCUGGUUACCAGCCUUGUCACCCUGUUAACCAGCCGUGUCAUCCUGGUUACCAGCCUUGUCACACUGGUUACCAUCUGUGACACCCUGGUUACCAGCCUGGUCACCCUGGUUACCAGCCUUGUCACCCUGUUAACCAGCCGUGUCAUCCUGGUUACCAGCCUUGUCACUCUGGUUACCAGCUGUGUCACCCUGGUUACCAGCCUGGUCACCCUGGUUACCAGCCUUGUCAUCCUGGUUACCAGCCUGGUCACUCUGGUUACCAGCUGUGUCACCCUGGUUACCUGCCUGAGCCCCUAGUUAAAAGCCUUGUACCCCUGGUUACAAGCCUGGAUUAUCUGGUUACCAUGACCCUCUGCUUUAUUACUCUGCUAUUUAUGUUGUAAUAUAUUUAAACUUCCUCAAACUUCAUUGAAAUGUGUACAACACAAGUGCUUGAAAUAGUCUGAAGAAAUGCGGAAUAACUUGAACUUAAAGUGCCUUGAACAUUAGUUUCAAUUAAUUCUGGAGACGAGCAUGAGGUCAUUUGAGAUAAGAUAGGAUAAUGUGGUCAUGUUAUGUGUAUGGUUUAGCCUUUAGAGGUACCAGAUAUAUUUUUGUGGUUCACUUAUGAAUGUUGUAUUUAGGGAAAGAAACUGGUUCGUUAGUUUUAGGUUGCCAAUUCAGAAUGUUGGGAGCACGACCAUGUUAUUGGUUGUUUUGUGAAUAUUAUAAUAACAGAUGGUAAAGUAUCUCCUUUAGCACUGUAAGAUUCACACAGGACACUGAAGCUAUGUUGGUCCCUUUGUCCAGAAGCUAUGUUGGUCCCUUUGUCCAGAAGCUAUGUUGGUCCCUUUGUCCAGAAGCUAUGUUGGUCCCUUUGUCCAGAAGCUAUGUUGGUCCCUUUGUCCAGAAGCUAUGUUGGUCCCUUUGUCCAGAAGCUAUGUUGGUCCCUUUGUCCAGAAGCUAUGUUGGUCCCUUUGUCCAGAAGCUAUGUUGGUCCCUUUGUCCAGAAGCUAUGUUGGUCCCUUUGUCCAGAAGCUAUGUUGGUCCCUUUGUCCAGAAGCUAUGUUGG